CUCCUUUGCGUUGUUUCCCUUCCAAGUCUCCAAUUCCUUCCGCGUUCAGUAAUCGACUCUACCGCGAAGCUCAGGGAUCUUUCAUCUCUUUCGUCGAGGAACUUCGGAAGUUCUCUGCCCUCUGGUGUUUCUACGAUCGUUUUCUCGAGCGACGAAUUAUCUUAUCAUCAAGAGGAACCUGAUCGGUUUCUUGAGUUUUCAGAGAUGGCGGCUAAACCACUUACUACUGAAGCAAUUGCCAUAACUGAGAAGAAGAUGGACAUGGCUUUAGACGACAUUAUCAAGAUGUCCAAAAAUACUGGAAAUAAAGGAAGGAAGCAAAGAAGGUUUCCGAACAAAAUGCAGAAAUUUCCAAAUAACGCCACUCAGGAUAGACCUAGGAAGUUGCAGCGAUUCAUGGACGCUAGAACCUCUCUAAGACAGGGGGCUUUGGCCAAAAGGAGGUCAAAUUUUCAAGGGAAUCAGUUUGCAUUGGCAACCGAGGUUGCAAGAACGGCUGCAGUUGCUCCUAUUCGGCCUAGAGCCUUUAACCGUAGGGUGCCCAAUUGGAAGAAGACAAGGUAAAUUGCGUUUAUGAAAAAUUGGUGACUUCUACAAUGUCCAUCAAGUUUUACUAUAUGAAGUUAGCGCAGUAAUUUGUUGGUUGGAACAACUGUGUGAUAGUUUUGCUUCAACCAGUUAAAAUGGAGUUGGGAGUAUUUCCACUUAUUUCAUUUCUUCCAUGCUGCCUGGGAAUUGAUUCUGCUUUAUCUUAUUAAGUUUGGUUUUGGAAUUCAUCGAAUAGUCUUUUGGUUUUCUGAUGAGUAAGUGGUUGAUGGGAUUCUACAGCAAGUGGGACAAAAGUGGGAAAAUUUGAAUGAAAUUGACUGCUGCACCAUCUGGAAAAAAGUCGUAAAAAUAGCUUUUGUGUGCAUUGGAUGAGUGUGUAAUGUUUUGAGUUUUUGCUCCUUGUUAAAUGUGGUGAUUGUCUUGGGUUACUCAAUUCUUCAUAGACGAUGCAUAACAGUAGAGGAGCCUCAGCCCGUUACCCUUUGGUUGAGGAUGUUGAAUCUGCUUUGUAACAUGUGAUGUUUUAACACACCAGAGCACUCUUCCACAAUAGGCUUGUUCACCAUGCUCAAUGUCUGCUGUGGUCAAUUUCCAUUCCUGGUGGAUGACAAUUGCCAUAUCUCUUUAUGCUUUCAUAAUUGCCUGCACAGAGCCAAGGGGCUGUGGUUAUCUUGAAUUUGCGCUUCUUUGUAACCAUUCUAGUGAACUGUCUACUAGUUUCCUUGAUUCCUCAUGGGGUUCCCUUUUCAUUCACCAUCACAUCCUGGAAACAUUAGCCAGCCCUCAACUACCUUGUUUUGACAAAUUUAAGUUCACUUCUUGACCAGCCAUAGAACUGCAAAUAACUGGAAAAUUUUCCACUUCUGAACUAAAUGCUUCUAUCAACUUCUCUAGUCAGCUUGGACAGGGAAGUUGCUGUUCCAUCAUCUUUUAUUGAUCCUUGAGGGUGGAAUCGAAAUUUUGCUUGCUUCAUGUUCGAUACUAGUAGUAAUUGUGAUAAAAAAAAGUGCCGAAGAAAUUUGAAUGGUUAGUGAAAAUAUGUCAGUGGCAUUUAUGGCCUUCUGUGAGGUAUUAUGUGUAGAUUUUGGGGUCUAGUCAGUGGAAUACCCUAGUUCUGCAGACGUUGUUCAUGCUGCUGAUGCUUUUAUGUCAUAUCCCGGUUGAAGCCUCCAUUUUCUUGUUCAAGUUCAGAUAUUCUGUUCAUUCGUAAUACUAUGCAAGCAAAGCAUUUGGUGAUGGAUUUGAGGUUUUGGGUGUGUCUGUUACCGGAAAGUGCUUUUUUGGAUCCAAUCAAGCGUACUGUGAGCUGAUUCACAUUUUUUUGAUGAGUGCUUCUCCUGAUCUGGUUUGUCUUUUAUUUCCAUUAUUGGGUUCGGUUUGAAUUUGCUUAUGAGGUAAGGAUACUCUUAUCUAUCUGCCAUCAUACUCACGCGAUGACAUGUUGAGGAUUAUUGGUGUUUGUGAAAUUCAAAUGUGGAUGCUACUUGUUUUGACUAGCAGGUCUGUAUAUAAAUGAUAUUUUUUCUGUUUCUUCAUCCAUUUGAAUAAUUCUUUGUCUAGGGUUGAAGCUCCACCUGUUCAGAGAAAGCCAUUUAAUAAUGGAACCUUCAUUCCCAAGAUAACUGCACCAGUCCAGACGCAAACAAA